CCUUACCAAACAAAGCAAAAUAAUCAUCAAUCAAAGUAUACCCUUCUCUCUCUUUUUCAUCUUCUCUUUCAUAUUAUCUCAAAACCCUAUCAUAUGAUCUAAUAUGGAAAAUCCCAUGAAAUUCUACAAACCCAAUAAUAAAGAAUAUUAUUAUUAUAAUUAUUAUAAUUACAAUAAGUUGGGUAAUAAAGGCAUGGUGUCUUUUUUUGCAUCUAUUUUGUCAGUGUUUAUUUACACUUCAAUAUUUUAUUACACUUUCAAUCUCUCUAUUUCCACUCUCUUUCAUAAUUCAAAGUUUUGGUUUCUCAUUUCCAACACUCUCAUCAUCAUCAUAGCUGUUGAUUACGGCGCGUUCUCCUCCUCCUCAUCAUUGAACGACAACACACAACAUCCACACGAUGAGUACUACUACUACAACAAAACAACAAGGCAAGGAUCGCCGUUUUUAGUAGAGAAACAACAUGAUGAUGAUGAUGAUGACCGAGUAACUCAUCAUCAUCAUCAUCAUGACCUAAUAACGCGAGGAAAGAAAGAAGAGAAGAAGAAUCUUCAAAUGGUACUAGCAAAAAAUGACAUAAUUUUCAAUGACACUACUCGAAAAGAAGAAGAAGAUAUUCAAGAGAAAUCGAUUGUUGUUUGUCAUGAUAUUGAAGAUAAGAAACAACAAGAAGGUAGAAGAACUAGUCAUCAUUACAAACGAAGUAAGUCAGAAAAAGCGAAAAGAGUAGUAAUGAAAUUGGACGAUGAUAAUAAUAAUAUGAAAAAGAAGAGUCAUGUUUUGAAGAGAUCGGAGACUGAAAAUAUGAACCAUAAUGAAAUAAAUUAUUAUCAUCAUGAUCAUGUUCAUGUUGAUAAUGAUAAUGAGUUUUAUUCAACUUUGUCAGAUGAAGAAUUGAAUAAAAGAGUUGAGGAGUUCAUUCAGAGGUUCAAUAAGCAAAUUCGGCUUCAAGCUAGGGUUUAUAAUAAUAAUAAUUAGAAAAAUUUAAUAAUGUAAAUUUUGAUCGAAAAGUUUUGUUGUUUUUUCUUUUUCUUGAUGUACUUUUUUUUUAAGUCUUUUCAACUUUGUUAUUACCCUAUGAUUAGUGUAAAAAAUUAAUGCUUUGGACGUACUAUAUAGUAAUUAAUAAUUAAUAAUAUAU